UAGCAUAAUGCAUGGUGAGCAGAUAAACACUUUUAACACUAAAAAGAUGAAAUCCUCUCUUAUCUUGUUAUUUAUGAUCUGUGGUGGAGUGAUUGCAACUCCUCCAGAGGAUCCAAUUCGGUGUUCUUCAAAGAACACAGACUGCACCAUCACAAACACCUAUGGCGUCUUUCCGGACCGAAGCAUUUGCCACGCCGGUGAGGUUAUGUACCCAAACACAGAGGAGGAGCUCAUAUCCGCGGUGGCCUCAGCUUCGAAGAACAAAAGAAAAGUGAAAGCCGCCACGCGCUUCUCCCACAGCAUCCCGAAGCUGGUUUGCCCUGAUGGCGAAAACGGGUUGCUAAUAAGCACUAAAAAUCUGAACAAGAUAUUGAAGAUUGACAAGGAGGCAAGGACGAUGACAGUGCAGAGUGGCGUGUCGCUGAGAGAGAUAAUCAGCAAGGGUGCAGAGGCUGGAUUGGCCUUGCCAUAUACACCAUAUUGGUGGGGUUUAACCAUUGGUGGACUCAUGGGUACAGGUGCUCAUGGAAGCACUUUGUGGGGCAAAGGAAGCGCGGUUCAUGAGUAUGUGGUUGAGCUACGCAUUGUUACUCCUGCUGGACCCGAAGAUGGCUAUGCCAAGGUUCGCAAUCUUGACGAAUCUCAUCAACAACAUCUCAAUGCAGCGCGAGUUUCUCUGGGGGUUCUUGGAGUUAUUUCCCAGGUUACCCUGAAAUUAGAGCCUCUCUUCAAGCGAUCUCUUACAUAUUUGACCAAAGAUGAUUCUGAUUUAGGUGAUGAAUUGGUUACUUUUGGAAGAAAGCAUGAGUUUGCUGAUGUAACAUGGUACCCAAGUCAGCAGAAGGCCGUGUAUAGAAUUGAUGAUCGUGUCUCCAUUAAUAAAUCUGGAAAUGGUUUAUAUGAUUUCUUUCCAUUUCGCCCCACACUCUCGGCCGCACUAACUGUUGUCAGAGCUACAGAGGAGCUUCAAGAAGCAACCCGCGAUGCUAACGGGAAGUGCGUUGGUGCAAAGUUGAUAACUGCAACACUGUCAGGCAUUGGUUACGGAUUGUCUAACAAUGAUGAUAAAGGUAUCUUUCUUGGGUAUCCUAUUGUUGGAUUUAGCAACCGGAUGCAGGCAUCAGGGACAUGUUUGGAUAGUCUAAAUGAUGGAUUGAUCACAGCAUGUCCAUGGGACUCCAGAAUCAAAGGGGAAUUCUUUCACCAAACAGCAUUUAGCAUUCCAUUGUCUGCUGUAAAGAACUUCAUCGAAGAUGUGCAAAAGCUUGUUGAGCUGGAGCCAAAGUCACUGUGUGGCUUAGAAACAGCAAAUGGAAUUCUCAUGCGCUAUGUUACGGCUUCUAGUGCUUACCUUGGAAAAUCAGAGGAUGCUGUGGAUUUUGACAUCACAUACUAUCGCAGUAAAGACCCAUUGGCUCCUAGGCUUUUCCAAGACAUACUUGAAGAGAUAGAACAAAUUGGAUUGUUCAAAUAUGGGGGGUUACCCCACUGGGGUAAAAACAGAAACUUAGCAUUUUUAGGAGCAAUCAAGAAGUAUCAUAAUGCAGAUAAAUUUUUGAAGGUUAAAGAGGAGUAUGAUCCACAAGGACUGUUCUCUAGCCUUUGGACCGACCAAAUGCUUGGACUUCAAGAAGGGGUGACAAUAUUGAAGGAUGGGUGUGCGAUGGAAGGAAUGUGUAUUUGCUCACAAGAUAGUCACUGUGCACCAAAGAAGGGAUACUUUUGCAGACCAGGGAGAAUUUAUAAGGAAGCAAGGGUUUGUACACGGGACGUUAAGAAAACCAAAGAAGCAGAUGAUGUCAAGGACGAACUCUGAAAGACCAAGGACAAUUUAUAAUUUUUUUUAUAGUAGUUUUGCACUUUUGCUUCUCUUACAAAUAAAAGAAUCUUAUUUUCCAUUUAAAAAUAAAAGUGUUGUCAAUGUCAUUUAAUUGGUUCAAAAUUAUCAUUUUUGAAUCAAUUGACGAGGUUUGUAAAACAAAAAGACUACACAACACUCAAUCAAAUGGGAUUUAUUUAUUCUGAGACCAUGCAAUCCAAUGUAACCAGUAAAUUAGUAAUCCAUAUGUGAAGAUGUAUGAAUAUUUAUUUUCAGCAUCUAAAAUAACAUUAUUUUACAAA